CCCCUUUAUAUAGGUCCGAACCGGUAAAGACACAGGAACAAAAGAGGAGAUUAGGGUUUUCAGAUAAAUUAGGGUUUUGAGUCUUGAGAAAUUAACUCAAAAAAUGGAGGGCAUCACCGAAGGAGUUAACAACAUCAACAUCGCUGGCGCCGAUUCUCAGAAGAAAAGCAAUCGUAUUCAAGUCUCCAAUACUAAAAAGUCUCUCUUUUUCUAUGUCAAUCUCGCCAAGAGGUUCUUGCAGCAGUACAAUGAAGUUGAACUUUCUGCACUUGGAAUGGCUAUUGCCACAGUGGUCACUGUUGCUGAAAUAUUGAAGAACAAUGGAUUUGCUGUUGAGAAGAAGAUCAGAACACUGACAGUUGACAUGAGGGAUGAACCAGGAGCAAGGCCUAUUCCUAAAGCAAAGAUUGAAAUAUUGCUGGUCAAGACAGAUAAGUUUGAAGAGUUGAUGGCCGCCGAGGCAGAAGAAAAAGAAUUUGCUGCAGAUGGUGAGGAGCAGAAUUGAGCUAGAGGCUGUAUUCGUGGCCUGUCAUCGAUAAUGAGCAUCAGUCUUCGAUCUACCGUACUAAAAAAAGAGUGAAAAAUUAUCAGCCCAACUACUUUGUUGCAUGAGUGUUCUUCUGUUAGGGGAAAAAUGGUUAUGUAUUGAGUAUUCGUUUCAUAUCAGUUCUGUUGUUUUAGAAUUUUGUACUUAUGUGCUGAUGCUGUAGGAUCUCUUACCACAAACUUGAUAUAAUAAACUAAUUAUUAGUAAAUCAACUUUGUGGGCAAGCAAAUUAGCAUUUCUUUA